CGUAAAUUGGAUCAGCAUCAGUUCACUCCCAACAUCCAUCAGGACAUCCAAAAUGUAUUGCAAAGUGAUCGCAGUGCUCGCAGUUGCGGCGUUCGCCAGCGCCAACGACAUACACGAGGGUUACAAUGGCACCGCGAGCCAGAAACCAGCAUUCCAAGGGCACUACGCUGGCGACUGGAAGUCUGCGGUCAGGCCUGGGAUAGAUAUCUUCGUGAACACCACCGGCCUCAUAACUGCGAUCAACGUGACUGAUCUGCGGGACGGCAAGGACGGCGUAGCGAGCAUCGCCAGCGGCGGAGUCGGGCACGACAACGUCACCAUUUCUCUCAAGAGCCCUAACAUCCUCAGAGGAUACGAUUUUCUGGUCGAAGUUUUUGAUGACGAAGAGACAAGUAAGACAAAUGAGAGGGGCAACCGUGACGUUCAAGAGUCUGCUACGCCAAGAAUCUGUCACUACCCUGCCGAGCAAAUUCAGAGGGACAGUCGUGAUGUCCAACAAACCGUGACUGCCAAGCCUAUUAUUUGUCACUACCCUAAGCCUGUCCAAACCAGCACUACUGGCAAGCCUACAGACCAACAGCAACAACAUGGAACCACCUCAAAAACUGGCAAGCCAAAUGAGCAGCAGCAAGCAACUGCCCCCACAGGCCAGCAACAACACCAAGUACCUACAGGCAAACCCACAGGCCAACAAGAACAAGUAACCACUGGCACGCCUGAGCAAGAACAGCAUCAGCAUGGAACUGGCAAGCCUACCCAGCAGCAAGCUGGACACCCUACCACAGCCAAGCCUAAGCAAGAAGUGGAAAUCCCGCAGGAAGUCCAAGAGCAAACUGGUUUCCAAAUUGAGCAACAGCAUUAAACAAUGGGAUGUUAUGUGACUUCUUGAAAUAUUUAAGCAAUGUAGCUGAAGUUUGAUGAAAAGAGCGUUGGUCAAAAGUGUAACUAGUUUAUAGUUCUCAAAACUAAUCUAAUAUUCGAUAUACGGCCUUUGAGACUAGUGUCCAGUUUAAAUAUUUCAAUAAGUAAUUGUCUGAAUUUGAGCAGAGUUUGCCUGUGAUUAUUACGGUAGGCGAAUGGCAUAAAAUUUCAUCUUUUGGCCAUGAUUUCAUGAAUGAUAAAGGUACAAAGGUAUCAUCAAUGAAAUGCCAUUUUAGGUACAUAGAUUAGAUAUGAUUCAUUUGGUUAUAACGCAUUUAAUUUUUGUUUAUUUCCAUUGGCCUUUUCAGAACAUUCUAAGUUACCCUAGAAUGUUCUGAAAUGGCUAAAACUGAUAUUUAUAUUCAUAAUUCCAUUAAACACCAGCUUAAGGAUACCUACCGUUUAGUUAGAUGUUCAAU